GUCCGACAGGCACGUAUAAGGUCGCACGCUCUGUCACGCUUUCCCCCCUUCACUCCUCCUUCCGACCACCCCUUCCCUCGCGAUGCCGCAGGUGGAUCUGGAAGCUCUCGUCUCCGCCUGCGCCGGCGGCUCCCGCGACGGCAAGAUCUCCUGCGAGACCGCCGCCGCCGGCGGCGGCGAGGAGGGCGGCGGCCGUCGUGGGGAAGAGGGUCCUCCCGAUCUCCCUCCCGACUCCGUCUUGCUCUCCAAGGACGCCGUGUUCGACUGGUUCGACCGCAACGCCUACUACGAGCGCAAGGAUUCCACCAAGGCCAACUCCAGCUCCUCCCCCGCCGUCGCCGCCGCCGCCGCCUCCAACCAGAUCCUCAACUCCCCCACCAACUCCAACUCGCGGCGGUCGUCGUCCAACUUCAAGUCCAAGGCUUCGAUGCUCGGCCUCCCGAAGCCGCAGAAGUCGUGCUUCGUCGACGCGAAGAGCCGGCGACCCGGCAAGGCGGGGGGCAACGCGGGGUUCUUCCCGAAGUGGUCGGGAUCGGCGGGCAAGUCCGAUCCGCCGGCGGUGGAGCCGUCCUCGCCGAAGGUCUCGUGCAUGGGGAGGGUGAGAUCGAAGAAGGAAGCGAACCGGCGGAAGAGGGGCGGCGAGCCGGCCGGAAGGAGCAGGACCGGGCUGCUCGCGACCCUCCGCGCAAUGUUCGGACCCGGCUGCAGGAAACGGCGGUCGGUUCUGGCUGACGUGGAGCGGGCGGAGUCGCCCGGCGCCCGGGGCGCGAGGAGGCGUCCGCCGGCGAGCGGCGCGCCGCCUACUACUUCGGAUUCGCCGGCGGCGAGGGGCGCGGCGGAGGCUGAGGCUGAGGGCGGGGAGCCGCCGGGCCUGGGCGGGAUGAAGCGGUUCACGUCCGGCAGGAAGUCGGAGUCGUGGGCCAACGUGGCGUGACCGGAUUGGGGGGGUCGAGGCGGACACGUCGGUGGGGCUUGGAGGUGGGGCCCCGCCGGGAAGAAAAUUGGUACGUCGGCCACCGCCGCGUGGGGCCCAGCGUCGUUUGGGGACGGUGACGGGGACGACGAUCCCGGGGGGGUGGGUGUUUCGUUGCGAUGACGUGGCACGUCGUAUUGCAUGCCUUUUGCCUUGGGAGAGGGAAAAAUUAGGAGGAGGCAGCGUCGUUUUGACUGUGUAAGAGAGAGAGAGAGAGAGAAUAUACAUAAGUUCGUUCUGUGCGUGUAAAUCUGUGUCUUUCUUCUUAUCUUCGAUUAGUAAGAUAUUACACGUACAAUUUCAUGUUUUUUUGGAAAAAAAAUUUCCCUUUCGAUAUUAAUUUAUCAUAUGCGAUCCGA